AUGCAAUGCUGCCAAGGUUCUUCCCCCAGGAGCUCACGGGAAUGGGGCGAGGCGGGGGCGGCGUUCAGCGGCAGGGAUGAGGAUCUGAUAGGCUCGUCACGAGCGGCGCUGUUCAGUCACGGGGAAAGCCCCGGCUCUUGUUCCGGCAAAUUUUGUUUCUGUGCGACUGCCAUUGACAAGGAGGAGGACGAAAGCGAGAAAGCGAGGAGAGGAGCUCUUCUCCUUCUUUGUUCCCUGAUCCGACUCCCCGCCACUGGAACACGCUCGAUGUCGCCACUCUUUUGCGAGAGCUCCGCCACCCCGUCAAGAACAAGCUACAGCUUUCCCCGCGAGAUGGUGGUACCUUGUCGUUGGAACUCAUCCACAGGAACUCACUCCUCCGGGAAGCAAAGGAGAAGCUCCACACUCACGAGCAGCUGCUGCUCGAGACGCUCCAGAGGGACGAGCAGCGAGUGA